AAACUUGAUAACAUUGCCGACUUAGCGGCGGUUGGAAAAGACAAAGAUGCCGCGCGUUUGUUGGUAGAAAUGAAGGAAGAACGCAAGAAGCAGGAGGAUCUGAUACGAAAACAAGAGAAAAUCGUAGAAGAACUGAACAAACAUGUAGAAGAGCAUGAAAAAGCAGAAAAAGGGAAAAAGGCGGCAGAAGAGAAGGCUGCGAAAGAAGAGAAGAAGGAAAGUGAAAAACCAAUUCAGAAAGAGGGAGAAGUGAAGAAAGAAACACCUAGUGGAAAGAAUGAUAUGAAUGCGACAAAACAUGAGGAAAAGAGAGAGGCAGUAGAUGAUAAAACCAAGAUUAACUCUGAGAAAAUUAGAGAGGAAAAGGCGAAGGAUAUAAACCAAACUCCAGCAGUGGAGAAAAUGGAGGACAAACCGAAAACAGAGCCCAAUGAAGAGAGAAAAGGCUUCCAAAACGCAGUUAAAGAACAGGAACCAGUCAGAUCGGAAGUGAAGGACAUUCCCAACAAAGAACUUCCGAAGAAAUAUGAAGUAACUUCAGAAAGAGUAGAGAAGCAACCUGAACCUGUGAAAAUAGUGCAGAAGGCGAAACCACAAAAGAAUGCUUCACUUUCAUCGAAACCUGUAGAAGCACAGAACGAGGAACCGCUGAAGAAUAUCGUACCAGUUUCAGGACUACGGCAAUCAGAGACUCCGAAAAUAGGUUUAGAAGCAGCGAAAACUAGUUUAGAACAAAAUGUUAGGGGUGAUAUAUGA